AUGGCGGGCAAUGAUGAUGUUUGCAAAUUGGCGUAUGAUGGACAACUAGAAAUUUUGAAACAAAAGUUAAGAGACAACAAUGAAUUGGCAACAAAAGUCGACGAGACAAACAGGAUGCCACUGCACUGGGCAGCUUCAGCAGGCCACUUGGGGAUUGUGGAGUAUCUCUUUAAAUACAAUGUUCCAGUAGAUGCUAGGGAUGAGUCAAACUGGACUGCAUUGAUGAUAGCGUCCUCCGCAGGAAGGGACCAGAUUGUCUCCCUUCUGCUUGGAGCUGGGGCUCAGGUUAAUGCUGUUAACCAAACAGGCCAGUGCUCACUCCACUAUGCAGCCUCAAAGAACAGAUACCAGAUAGCCGAGAUGUUGUUGCAGUAUGGGGCUGACCCCAACAUUGCUGACCAAUACCUACAUACGCCCUUACAUAGGGCUGCUUCUAAAGGUCAUGUGAAGCUGACUAAACUCUUACUCCAGUACACAGUAGAUGUGAAUUCCAGGGACUCCGAAAGAAAUACUCCAUUACACUUGGCAUGUGAGGAGGAGAGGACAGAGGUUGCUUUGCUGCUAGUGGGACAUGGUGCACAGAUAGAACUCCUCAAUAAGGAAGAGAAAUCACCUCUUGACUUGGGAAAACCAGGACUUCAGCGAUCACUUCAAAAUGCCAGUCAGUCCUGACAGUUACAUUUUUUCAAAUCAUCAUUUGUGUUCAAACUUGAAUCAGCUCUGGGUAGUGGACAUUUAAAGGACAAAACUAAAACUAUUUUUGACCACAUAGCUGAAUAACAUGGUGUUCUGUCUAGAACAAUGUAUUUAUAACUAGUACAGCCAGGUGCUAAUGCUGACACUUACUGCUAUGUGUAAUUGUUACUGUGAUACAUAAUUGUAUUUACUUAUUGAUCA